GCCACCAUUCGGCCAGUGUGCGCCAGCCAGCCAGCCACCACCGAUAAUCGCGCGUGUGUGCGAGUCGGCCGGUCGUGACGUCACUAUUACGGAGCUAGUUCUUCCCGCGGACUCCCGUCCCACUCACAGUCGUCCUGCGGCCGCGUGACGCAACCCAUCCUCAUUGGCUGCUUCUGCCUCUCCGGGCCGUCCUUCAUAUGUUUACACAUAGCGACUGCUAUGAGCAAAUUUAAUCCAGCACAUGGUGUGGUAGCGCGGGUAAAAUUUACAAUUUGAAAAUCGGUUGGUGUGUUGGUGGUGAUCACGGUGUGUUACUGGAACUUCAGUUGGUUCUUGGUGUUGGUGGAGUGAGUGUGUCAGUGGGUGCGUGUAGUGUGUUACCUUCAUAACCACAACCAUGAACUCCUACUUCGAACAGGGCGGGUUUUACGGCGGCGGCUCCGGCGGGGACCAGGCUUACCGCUUCCCCUUGGGCCUCAGCGUGAGCCCGUACGGGCAGCCAGGACCUCGUCAGGAUGGCUACGACACCACGGCCGCCUCCUGCAAGCUGUACGCGCCCCCUCAGGAGCACAUGACGCCCAACCCAUUCAAGGUGGACUGCGUCAAGGAUCAGAAUGGCUAUGGAGCCACCAAGGACAUGUCCGGGGGCUGGGGGCCCGCGGUGCGCCCCGCCUGCACCCCGGACCCGGUGGCAGCUCGCGGCUACCCUCCGGACCCCAGCACGUCCCCCCGGGACCGGGCAGCACACGUGGGCGGGUGGAACACGUGCGGGAUGACGCCCGUGUCCCAGCCCCAUCAGCAAUCCCAGCAGCCGCCUCAGCAGACCAACAACCAGAUGAACCAGGCGCCCUCCAACACCACCUUCUACCCCUGGAUGGCCAUUGCAGGAGCCAACGGGCUGCGGCGCCGGGGACGUCAGACCUACACGCGGUACCAGACCCUCGAGCUGGAAAAGGAGUUCCACACAAACCAUUACUUAACUCGCCGGAGAAGAAUAGAGAUGGCGCACGCCCUGUGCCUGACCGAGCGACAGAUCAAGAUUUGGUUCCAGAACCGGAGGAUGAAGCUGAAGAAGGAGAUCCAGGCGAUUAAGGAGCUUAACGAGCAGGAGAAGCAAGCGCAGAGCCAGAAGAUGGCUCAGCAACAACAGAGCGCCAGCAAUGCCCAGUCCAUGACCUCCAGCCAGGGAGCGGGAGGGGGGGCUGGCGCGGACCAGAACCCUCCAAACCCCACGCAAAACUAACGACACAAUUUCAUCUAUAAGCUAGUUUUAAGGAAACUUUGCCGCAUGCGGACGUGAGGACGGAACAAAGACUGCAAAGCUACCAUCGGCGGAGUCUUUUCCGCAGGCCGCCGGCGCCGCCGCCGCCGCUAAGAGCGCCUCUGACGUCACGGGACCUGCGGUGGCCACGCCAUUUCCCAGACCGCAAAUUCCGCAGUUUGGGACUUGCGUGAUCCAACCCUAAGCCUAAACCCACCAGAGACUCCUGGUAUACCCACCUGCACACCCGAUACUCCGCGAAAUCCUCCGAAAAAGCGGGUUCUCUCGUGCUGUGCGGCUCGGCGGCGAGGAGGAUCUCACGACAGUGCUCUGCAGGGAAGGACGAGGGACGAGCGUUUCAGGAGGAGCCGCAGAUAGGCCGUCACUGGACCGAAUAUCGGGGCCGCAGUUCUAUGUUCAAAUUACCAAUGACAACUCACAAUGGUCGGCCUGAAAUGUGGGGGCUCCAGUGAGGCUCUCUGAAGGCAGGAAGUAUACCAUUUGCUUUUCGGGCAAACAAAUUCAUCAGGGGUUCUGGGUUACCCUGCAGGAGUUACUGUCAUAUUCACAUUGUAUCCUGGUAAUUUUAGCCAUGCCUGUGUAUACGUAUUUGCUAUAAGUGUUUGUGUUAUCUCUAAAUAACGGUUUUUCUUGUCUGUGUAAUAGCCUAGACGUAAAGGAUAAAGUAAAAAUGAAGAAAGCUCUCCAGCUUUUCUAAAUGUAUGUGUCCGUGUAUUUAAGAAAAGUAAAAAGUUUUUUUUUCAGAAAAUUAAAAAACGAAAAAAAUAUAAAAAUAAAAAAUAUAUAAGGUUCUGGAGAGAUUUUACAAGCUAAAUCCUAAGUCAGUCAGAUCUGUCGUUUCAGUACUACCAAUGAUUUGUAGGAAAACAAUGAUUUGUAAGCUGAUGUUAAAACAGUUCUUUAGGGAAGAAAUCCACUGACCAUUUAGCAGUUGAGAUCAUAAUAUUUAUGUAGUAGCGUUAAAUAAAAAUAUCAAUCAUGAAAA